CUUUAGCUUUAUCAUUAGCGCGCUGCUGCGAGUGGCACGACUGAUAUUAGUGAUGUGUCUAACUGACUUCUAGACUUUUGGAACUAACCUUCUGAAUAAGUGCCAUUCCGGGACGAUAAAGCUCAGUGAUUGAAGCGACUCUUGCUGGUCCAUUGCACUUUGCAGAUAUGGCAAAACGCAGGAUCACUCAGGAGACGUUUGACGCUGUGGUGAGGGAGAACAUCGACGAGUUCGAGAUGGAUGAGAAUGAAGCACUGAGAGAAGCUAUUGAACAGUUUGAGUCUCAGGGUGUGGACCUCAGUAACAUUGUGAAGGUGGUGCCAAAAGCUUCCUCUGAAGAGACCACAGAGGAUCAGACUCAUGAAGUUCUUCAGGCCCUGGAUUCUCUCAGAAGUGCUUUAGAGUCUUCCUCCACAUCUAUGUUGGAAGGUUUGAAGCUCUUCACAGAGCAGUGCUCCCUUGGCUUUGCUCAGCGUUACCUAGCUGCACAGAAAGAGGCCUAUCCCACCAUCCUCUCCUGCUGCCAGAGUGCUGGUGAGGACAAAGAGACACUCUCAGCUGCUCUAGCUGCUCUCUCCGCCCUCACAGAUGGGCAGCCGGACCUACUGGACGGCGAAGGCCAGGGGUUUUUGAUUGGCACCUUACGCACCCACCAGGGAGAUCCGGCCCUUACCUGCUUGGCUAUCCGGACGGUGCGCCACUGCUGUCUGAAGCACGAGCAGAAUAGACAGGACCUGGUGAAGGCCGGUGUUCUGGCCUUGCUCACUAGCUGCAUCACCCAACAUAUCGAACGAUCUGAGAUGGUCAAGGAAGCUUGUGUCGCCCUCAGGGUCAUGACUUUUGACGAUGAUGUGCGUGUUCCUUUUGGUCAUGCGCACGAACACGCCAAAAUGAUCGUUUUGGAGCACAACGGGUUGAAAGUCAUUGUAGAAGCUGCUAAAGCCCACCCAGAGAACAUGCCAGUCCUCAGUGAGCUGUGUGCCACGCUGUCCCGGCUGGCUGUGAGGAACGAGUUCUGCCAGGAUAUUGUGGACCUAGGAGGGCUGAAGUUUAUGAUGACGCUGCUGGCAGAUAGUUUGGAUUGUCAGGACCUUGUAAAACAGGUGUUAAGUGCACUGCGAGCAAUUGCAGGGAACGAUGACGUGAAAGAUGCCAUUGUGAACGCAGGCGGGACUGAACUUAUUGUCAUGGCGAUAAACCGCCACAUGGGUAAUGCACAGGUGUGUGAACAGGGCUGUGCUGCUCUCUGUGUGCUUGCUCUGCGGAAGCCCAACAACUGCAAAGUCAUCAUGGAGAGUGGAGGGGCACUGGCUGCCCUGCAGGCUAUGAAGGCCCAUCCAGCAGAAGUCAAUGUGCAGAAACAGUCCUGCAUGCUGCUGAGGAACCUAGUCGCACGCACGCGCGAUUUCAGCCAGCCCAUCCUGGAGAUGGGAGCGGAAGCUCUGAUUGGUCAGGCUCUGGCCUCUCACAGGGACUGUGGCGACGUGGGAAGGGCCGCCCUUAGAGACCUGGGUUGCCAGGUAGAACUGAGAGAGCUCUGGACUGGCAAGAAAGGAAGUCUCACUAACUAAAAGUCUGGAGUUGCCAGAUAGUUUUGCUUCAUUCAAUGUGGAACAGCAUGGAAAAGAGACUGAGCAGUGGGGAUUUGUUCAACUAAUAAAAAAAUGACACCAUAAAAACAGCCUUCAAUCAUACAGAAUUAAGGCCAAGACCAGUUGCUGAUGCACUGAUCAUACAUUUCUCUUAACAUUGUUGUGUUACAGUGUAAAUAAUUUUUUUUUAGUUUUUAUGUUUUAAUACCCUUGUAUUCUUUAUUUUUGUAAUUUUUUUUUUUAUGUGUGUCCCAGUAUAUUUUUUAUGCAACUGAUUAGCUUGCCUUACUGGACAGAUUCACUGGAAUGCUCUUUGGAAUAAGUGUACUUAGUUCAGAAAGUGCUUUGCUUUUCAGUCACAUUGCGACACAGUACAUGAGCCUGAAGUAUAGUUUGGACGGUGCCCUUCAACACGUUUUGUGAUCUUUCCGUUAUUAAUACAUGUUGAUGUGCAUGA